AUUCUAGGAGCCUAAUCAAUCAUAUAGAAGAAGAAACAACUUGAACCGCGUCGUAUAUACAUAUACAUAUAUAUAUGUACAAUUCCAUUAAUUUUAUCGUAGUUCGUCAUCGUUUGCAAUGGAUUUCGCGUAAUCUCUCUACUAAUAUCAUCUCUUGACAUUUUAUGUGUUUUUUUCAUUUGAUUAUCUCAAUUAUUUUCAUUGAUACUGUUUGUCCAGUGCUAAUAAAAAUUUGAGAAAAAGGAUUUCGAUCAUCCGUCGUCGUACAUACAUACAACAUAGGUCCAACAUGAACGUGCGGCAUCGAAAGCUAAGAAAUGAAAAUAAAGAGGAACAAGAUAAUCAAUUGGCAUCCUACCAAAAGAAAACCACUAAUCAGCUAGGAAGAAAAUACUUUACUAUGCUAGUGUUGCUUGGCACAUUAUUCCUAGGUUAUAUAGCUAUAGCAAAUGAUUUAAAACCUAUGAGAAUAGGUAGCAAAGCCAUCGACACAUUAGCAUUCUCAUUUAAUUUACAAAAACCAUUCUAUGUUGUUGUUAUCGAUGCUGGAUCUACUGGUAGCCGUGUAUUAGCUUUCAGUUUUCAUGAAUCGAUUCUCAAUGGCAAUUUAAUAUUAGACAAUGAGCUAUAUAGUGAAAUAAAACCUGGUUUAAGCUCAUUUGCAGAUAAUCCAAAAGAUGCUGCAAGAUCUCUGACUAUACUUUUGAAUAAAGCAAAAACUGUUAUUCCGCAAUCUGAAUGGUCUCGCACGUUAUUGACUAUGAAAGCCACAGCAGGAUUAAGAUUGUUACCUGAAGCUAAAGCUAAUAACAUACUGGAAGAGUGCAGAAAAUUGUUUCAAAUGUCUGGAUUUCAGAUUGCAAAAAAUUCCAUUUCUAUAAUGGAAGGCACAGAUGAGGGAAUCUUCUCUUGGUUCACUGUCAAUUUCUUGCUUGAUCGUUUUAAUUCAAUUGAUUCUCAAACUACUGUGGCUGCAUUAGACCUUGGAGGAGGAUCAACACAAAUCACAUUUCAACCAAAUAAUGAUCAAGCAAAACAAUUGGAGAAACAUGUAUAUUCCAUCAAUGUAUUAAAUCAUAACAUGAGCCUAUAUACGCAUAGUUACUUAGGCAUGGGUUUAAUGGCUGCCAGAAAGGCAAUAUUAACUUAUGACAUGAAUCUGCAGGAAACUGUAGAUCCUAAGCUUCCUAUAGAGAUACAUUCUGAGUGCAUCAAUCCGAUCAUAUCCACUGAAUGGUCGUACGGCGGACGUGAUUAUAUUGUGAAAGGUCCGAUAAAUGGCACAUACAAACUAAUCAAAACUCAAAACUUCGCUGGUGGAGAUGAAAAUAAACCAAUUGUACGCUUUUCGGAAUGUUCAAAAAUCAUUAAAAAAUAUGUUAAUACUCUGACGGACAAACCAAUAGGCUUAAAAGAUCAUGAAAUAUAUGCAUUUUCAUACUAUUUUGAACGUGCAACAGAAGUAGCACUAAUAGAUCCAUUUUUGGGUGGAAUUGUACAAUUAAAUGGAUUUUUAAAACAAGCUAUGGAAACAUGUGACUAUCCAAAUACAGAUCAACCAUUCAUGUGUUUAGAUUUGACAUUUAUUUAUAUUUUGUUAAGAGAUGGAUUUAGUUUGGAACCAACAACUAAAUUAUAUCUUUACAAGAAGAUCAGUGGUCACGAAUUAAGUUGGGCAUUAGGAGCCGCAUUCAAUAUUCUCCAAAAUGGGCUUUAAUUUAUGUUUUAUUGUUGUAACUGUUAGAUAAAUUUUAUUCCAGAUUUUUGUACAAAAGUACAAAAUGAAAAAACAUGCAAUUAAGAAAAAACAGAAUAUACAAAAACAGUUAAUAAGAUGUAAAAAUUUUGAAUUUGACGAAAUGUUUGAGGUUUAUUGACGUUCACUGCACAAUUGCCUAAUAUUGCAAUCAUAUAAUCUAUCUUGAUAGUAUUCCUAUGAAAAAAGGUAGUAUUUAAUAUAUAUUUUUAGGUACAUAUAUACAAUAUAUUUUUAUGAAAAUGUGUCUUAUUACCUGACAAAUAGGAGACAUCACUUUUAUAUUGU